AUGUCUGCAACAUCCAGUGUCGCCUCCCCUGCUUUCUUGGUCAACAGGGUUGCCUUGCCCUAUAAGCCAUACUUCUACAUUGCAACCCAGAAGGGUUGCGACCGAGAAGUCUCGUCCUUCCUGUCUAAGAAAUUCCAGGGCAAAAUUGCAAAGCUGGAGACUGUCCCGAAAGAGGAUCUGGACCUGCCAAAUCACCUGGUGGGGCUGAAGCGAAACUACAUCAAGCUCUCCUUCCACACCGUGGACGACCUGGUGAAAGUGCGCAGGGAGAUCACGCCUGCUGUGAGGAAGAACAGAGAACGGAACCAGUCGGUGGACGCCUACACCUCUAUGCUCGCCAGCGCCCUCACGGGGAGCAGCCUGACCACUCAGGAGGAGGAGCCCUCCAAGAAGACCGCAGACCAGAUGGACAACAUAGUGGACAUGCGGGAAUACGACGUGCCCUACCAUAUCCGCCUGUCUAUCGAUCUGAAGAUCCAUGUGGCUCACUGGUACAACGUUCGCUAUCGGGGUAGCAGUUUUCCCCCUGAAAUCACCCGCCGAGAUGACCUGGUAGAACGGCCAGAUCCUGUCGUUCUGGCCUUUGAUAUUGAGACCACCAAGCUUCCUUUGAAAUUUCCUGAUGCAGAAACGGACCAGAUCAUGAUGAUCUCCUACAUGAUUGACGGCCAGGGUUACUUGAUUACAAACAGGGAGAUCGUCUCAGAAGACAUUGAAGAUUUCGAGUUUACUCCCAAACCAGAAUACGAAGGUCCCUUUUGUGUCUUUAAUGAACCAGAUGAGGCCCAUCUUCUCCAGCGGUGGUUUGAACAUGUUCAAGAAACCAAGCCGACUAUCAUGGUGACCUAUAACGGAGACUUCUUUGACUGGCCCUUUGUGGAAGCCCGGGCGGCGGUUCAUGGACUGAAUAUGCAGCAAGAGAUUGGAUUCCAGAAGGACAGCCAAGGGGAAUACAAGUCCUCCCAGUGCAUCCACAUGGAUUGUCUCAGCUCUGUCGUGACAGCCCAGUUGGGAAACCGCAAGUCUUCUCCCGGGGGAAUUCUUGUGACUCACACGUCCUGUCCCUUGGCUUCACUGGCCAAAAUCCUGUUGCGUACUACUCUGGCCACCUAUUCAGUGUCCGACGCCGUUGCCACCUAUUACAUGUACAUGAAGUACGUCCACCCCUUCAUCUUUGCCUUGUGCACCAUCAUUCCCAUGGAGCCGGAUGAGGUGCUGCGCAAGGGAUCCGGCACCCUGUGCGAGGCCCUGCUCAUGGUCCAGGCCUAUCACGCCAACAUCGUCUUCCCCAACAAGCAGGAGCAGGAGUUCAACAAGCUGACCAGGGAUGGACACGUCCUGGACUCGGAGACCUACGUCGGGGGCCACGUGGAAGCGCUGGAGUCGGGAGUCUUCCGUAGCGACAUCCCUUGUCGUUUUAAGAUGAACCCGGCUGCGUUCGACUUCCUCCUGCAACGGGUGGAAAAGACGAUGCGCCACGCCAUCGAGGAAGAGGAGGGAAUUCCCCUGGAACAAGUGACUAACUUCCAAGAGGUUUGUGAAGAGAUCAAGGUGAAGCUGAGCUCCCUGAAGGACGUCCCCAACAGGAUUGAGUGCCCCCUGAUCUACCAUUUGGAUGUGGGUGCCAUGUACCCUAACAUCAUCCUGACCAACCGGCUACAGCCUUCAGCGGUGGUGGAUGAGGCCACAUGUGCGGCCUGUGACUUUAACAGGCCCGGCGCCAAUUGUCAGCGGAGGAUGACGUGGCAGUGGAGAGGAGAAUUCAUGCCAGCAAGUCGGAGUGAAUACCACCGCAUCCAGCAGCAACUGGAGGCGGUUUUGGGAAGAAUCAGGUGUCCCAGAAUAACCUUUCUUGGCCAUGUGUCAGAUUACUGCCGCAAAGCUUACAAGAAGGUCCACGUGACGAAAGUGGAAGAGCGCAUCACCACCAUCUGCCAGCGGGAAAACUCCUUCUACGUGGACACCGUGCGCGCCUUUCGGGACCGACGCUAUGAGUUUAAAGGGCUCCAUAAGGUGUGGAAGAAGAAGCUGGCGGCCGCCGUGGAAGUGGGCGAUGCCUCGGAGGUGAAGCGCUGCAAGAACAUGGAGAUCCUAUACGACUCCUUGCAGCUGGCACACAAGUGCAUCCUUAAUUCCUUCUAUGGCUACGUCAUGCGCAAAGGAGCUCGGUGGUACUCCAUGGAGAUGGCUGGGAUCGUCUGCUUCACGGGCGCAAACAUCAUCACCCAGGCCAGGGAGCUGAUAGAGCAGAUUGGGUGA